AUGUCUUUGGAAUUUGAAAAUGCAAUUCGUGAAAUAAGUCUUACGAAUACAAAAAUACAUUCGGCAUGCCUUUGGCAGAAAGUCCAUGACAAACGCCGGGUGUCUGAAGCAGUUGACGAGAGUUUAUUUGAGGCAGUGCUGCUGCACUCCGCCAGGUAUAUACUCGGGAAGCUGGAGCAGAGAGAGGCCGUGGCGGAUUGCUGGGAAGGAUACUUGGAGUUUUUUGCAGAGGCAUGGCAUUCCUUUGGCACAACCUUUGCUGACGCCUUUCUUAUUGUGUGUGAGGAUAUAUAUCUUUCCCUGUUGAAGUACCCUGAUACGCCGAAGGACCUCCUUCAAGAGUAUUUAAGCAGCCUUGCCGCCCAGCGACGCAUGCCUAUGCGAAAGAAUCCCAAUUGGUCGAGUUCCAUCCCGAGUUGCCCGACGUUGGAGGGUGCCUCGGAAGAGGUGGCCUUAGUUCCUGACAUUCCCCACAACGAAGUGAAACGGUAUUUGGAUACCCUCCCGAAGCAACUAACCUUUCCCUUGCACAACAUCAUUCUUCGUGUGCGACUAGUCAACCCCCUACCUAUACCAGGGGUUGUUUCUGUCCGCGAAGGAUGGAGGUGCGAUACGUGCCAUAUCGAUAAUAUUCAAGUGGCGUACCAGGCCAUGAUUUGCGACAGCGGCGAUGAGGCGGGUGUUCGCAGCGAGGUACGCUUCCUGAAUGCACCAAACCGUGGAGGCUUUGAUAUAUGCCUGAGUUGUGCCGUGUAUUUCUAUCGUGACGCGACAUUGAAAUUAUCUCAAGCUCUUGGGGAUUGCUUGCAAAUUUUUCGGGUGAACCCAGUUGCCGAUAUUAAGUUGCAUUCAUUUGCAUGUGUGGAAAAUGUGGCAUACUUGACGGUCUCCGUUCUACCGUGGGGGGCGCGGCCCAUUGUGUGGGUACUCAGACAAGACGGGCAUAAUCCACCUGCGAAUUGGCGUUCAGCGGCAAAAAUAAAAAGCUGCCAUCAGUAUGAUCCUUCUCUGAGGAACGGCGGUGGCUACGACGAUCAAUGCACCACUUGUAUGCAGCCCCUGGCCAACGGGAUGCCAGUGCUGGUGACGGUUUGCGGACAUUGGUUUCAUGUGGACUGCGUUCAAGAAAUGCUGAGUAUGAUGAGCGACGAAUGCCCAGUCUGUCGCCGAGAAAAUGUUUUAUCUAGUUGCUUUAAUUUGGCGGGUCGGUCCAACAUGUACAAGGUGCAGGUAGACUGUCCAACUGACUCCACGGAAUUUGUUGUGGUCGUGGGGGCGUUGCUGACACUAAAUGGGGAAUACAACAACCCCACCAACAUUGCAGCCUGUAGGUCGAUCCUGGUCAAACAUUCCUGCGCUACCAAUUUUGAUGCAGUUGUGGACGCACAACUCCAGUAG